AUGUUGACAUGUAUAACGUGCUCAAAGCAAAGAGCAGAGGAUGGAGAAGAAGGGCCGCGUGGGACUCCCAACACUAAAGAUGCCGUCAAAACCCUCACUUCGCAGAUCAAGGACAUGGCACUAAAGGUUUCGGGAUCAUCCUCGUCAUCCAAAUACAAUAAACCGAGCCAAAACUUCCGAACGGCCCAAAAAUCGUACCGCGAAUUCGACACGAUUUCCGAGGGAGCCCCAUACGAACCUGGAAGCUCGAGCUCGACCCCAGCUUGGGAUUUCAAGCGAACGAGCCACCAUUAUCAUAGAACAGUCCCGAGAUUCAGCGUGUCGUCUUCUCAGUUUGGUGACGUCACAUUGGAAGAUGAAGACGAGCCCCGAGAGUGGAUGGCCCAAGUCGAGCCCGGCGUGCAAAUUACGUUUGUUUCCCUACCGCGCGGAGGAAAUGACCUCAAACGAAUACGUUUUAGCCGGGAAAUGUUCGACAAGUUUCAAGCUCAAAGAUGGUGGGGAGAAAAUUUCGACCGGAUAAUGGAGCUAUACAAUGUGCAGAAGUUCAAUCAGCAAGCUAUGGACACACCAGGAAGAUCUGAGGAUGGAAGAGACUCAACCUACUCCAAGCUGGGCUCAGCCUUCGAAAGCCCGCGAAUGACCCCAUCCAUAAACCGGGAGUGGGCCCCACGAUACAACAAACCGUACGGUGGUGGCCCACCCGAGCCCGCAGCCCAAAGUCAUCAUUACUACAACGCGGGCCCCAUUGAAGCUUCGCGCCCAACAACUGCAUCAUCCAUAGACGAGCCUUCGGUUUCGAUAAGCAACGCUAGCGAUAUCGACUCGGAAUGGAUCGAAGAAGACGAGCCGGGAGUUUACAUCACGAUCCGCCAGCUCAUGGAUGGGACUCGGGAAUUAAGGCGCGUUCGGUUCAGCCGAGAAAAAUUCGGAGAAGUUCAUGCAAAGAACUGGUGGGAAACUAACAGGGAGAGGAUACAAGAUCAAUAUCUUAGCUAA